UUCAUAAAGAGAAACCAAAACCUUUCAUCAAAUUUAAUUUCUUCUCAUCAAAAUGGAGAUCGAAAUAAAAGUAAUCUCCACAGAAAUCAUCAAACCAUCUUCUCCAACUCCAAAAUCACUGCAAAAACACUACCUAUCAUUUCUCGAUCAACUCGCUCCACCCCUCUUCAUGCCUCUCGUCUACUUCUACUCAUCAAACCCUAAAAUCCCCAAUUCCCAAAAAUCAGACCACCUCAAGAAAUCCUUGUCGGAAACCCUCUCCAGAUUCUACCCCCUCGCCGGCCGCCUCGCCGACAACCUCCACGUCGACUGCAACGACGGCGGCGCCCCCUUCUCCGAAGCCGAAGCCGACUGCGACCUCUCACAAGCCAUCACCAAUCCAAACCCUAAAGGCAUGAACAAAUUCCUCCCUCUCUCACUCAACCAAUCCCUAGGUUUCUGCAUGGCGGCUCAAGCCACCUAUUUCCGCUGCGGCGGCGUCGCUGUCGGCCUCCUCAUCUCCCACAAGAUUGCCGACGCCUUGUCGUUCUUCUCGUUCGCCAACUCCUGGUCCGCCGCCGCCAGAGGCGGCGGCGCCGGCGACCCGCCCUUCCCAAAGUUCGACGCCGCUGCCUACUUCCCUGCACGAGAGAUCAACGGCUAUAUACCGAGCUCCAGAAUGAUGAAAGAAGAGCUCGCCACGAAAAUCUUCACGUUCCCCACCAAAAAAAUUGCAAUUCUCCGGGAACGGUAUGCCGCCGGCGCCGGUGAGUGGCCGACUCGGGUGGAGGCGCUAUCGGCUUUUAUAUGGAGCCGGUUCAUUUCGGCUACGGGUAUGAGAGCCGACCCGAAUAAGAUCUACACGGUGCACCACGCGGUGAACAUUCGGACCCGGACUGACCCGGUCCUACCUGAAUACCACUUCGGUAACAUAAGCAGCGUGGCGAUCGCAAAGCCAGAAGUGGGGAGCGACGGGGUGACCGACGACGGCAUGGAGCUGGUGCGGAGGGUCAGGGAAGCCAUUAAGGCCAUGAACGGCGGCCAUUUGGCUCGGCUGGAUCUGAUGAGUGAGCUGAUUGGUCAAAUCGAUAAGGGCGAGCUGGUUAGCUUCAGCUUCACGAGUUUAUGUAGGUUUCCGGUCUACGAGGCGGAUUUCGGGUGGGACAAACCGGUUUGGGUCGGGACAACCGGGUUAGCCUACAAAAAUUUGGUGACUUUUAUGGAUACUAGAAAUGGAGAUGGAAUUGAGGCAUGGGUUAACUUGAGGAGAGAGGAUAUGGAGAAAUUUGAGGUUGAUUUGGAGCUCCAGGACUUUCUCUCACACCACAAAAAUUAUUUCGAUUUCACAUAAUUAGUUAGGAGUUAAUUAAUCUCCCUAGCUAACUCUAUGUUGUUUUUGAAUAUUUGUCUUCGUUUUUUUGUUAUAUAUGGUUUGUAAUUGGUGUAUAACAGUGUGUAUUAAUUACUCUUUCAAAUGUGAUCAAUAUAUUUUGUUUUAGAG